UAGUGUUGGUAGUUCAUGUACUCUUAAAAAAAUGAGUAGUGAAUAACAUUCGUUGAAUUUUUGUUAUUAUAGUGAAUUGAUAGUUCAAGUCAUGGGUGGCAAACGAAUUAGGUCUAGAAAUGCUCAAAACUCGAUAUCGGUUUCAAAUUUAUCUACUAGAUCUUCCAUAUCUGAAUCACAGGAUAACACAAAUUUGGUUCGAAGCAAAACCACUGAGGACCUUCUUGCUUAUACUAAAGACCAAUUAAAAGCAGAAUGCAGAAAACGAGGCCAGAAGACCUCUGGCACUAAAAUUGAAUUGUUGCAAAGGCUGGGCCUCAAGAUGUCGGGGAACGCGAAAGUCAAAGAACCGACAGCUAAUGGGAAUAGCGUAUUUGAAAUUGCUUCUAAUAAAAAAACGAACUCUACUUCGAAACACAAAAAGCAGGGCGAGAAGCUGGAAAGGGAAAGCCUCGUGUUGUGGCGACGACCCUUAAAGACGUUAGAAUAUUUUUUUAAAGAAGUUUUUGUCCUCUUGUAUACAUAUGGAAACAAAUUACUACAGUUUAAGAAGACAGUCUUAGUAAUAGCUAUUCUACUAAUUUCACUAACAGUAGUUUCUAAGACCGCUGGUCCCCACCAGUAUGUAGUACAAGAAAUUUAUAAGACAUCAAUGUGGUGUUUCUAUUGGAUAGGUUUAGGAAUAUUGUCGUCUGUAGGACUGGGUACGGGACUACACACAUUCCUGUUAUAUUUAGGACCUCAUAUUGCUCAAGUCACUUUGGCAGCGUACGAGUGUGGUUCUUUAAACUUCCCAGAGCCGCCAUAUCCUGACGACAUAGUUUGUCCAAAUGAGGCAGAUCCUAGUCAAAUUGUCUCGAUAUGGUCAAUAAUGUCAAAAGUCAGAUUAGAAGCAAUGUGCUGGGGCGCUGGUACUGCAUUGGGCGAGUUGCCUCCCUAUUUCAUGGCAAGGGCAGCGAGACUGUCAGGGUAUGAUCCUGAUGACGAUGAUGAAUUAAGGGAAUUCGAAGAGUUGCAGAGGAAAGAAAUAAAUCGGGAAAAUCUAACUCUAAUGGAAAAGGGGAAACUUUUUGUGGAACAUAUUGUACAGAAAGUUGGUUUCCUUGGAAUUCUGGCUUGUGCAAGUAUCCCGAAUCCCCUAUUCGACCUUGCUGGCAUCACGUGUGGACAUUUUCUCGUUCCGUUCUGGACCUUUUUCGGUGCCACGUUAAUCGGUAAGGCCAUAAUAAAAAUGCACAUCCAAAAACUAUUCGUUAUCAUUGCGUUUAACGAGACAUUGAUAAGUACUGCGGUUGAGUGGCUCGCAGUCGUGCCAGUGAUCGGUAUCAAACUUCAGGAACCGUUCAAGGCAUUCCUUGAAAGCCAGAAAUUAAAACUUCACCGACAGAGGGGCAGUCCAGAAAUACGGGAGAAGGGAAGUCUCCUGAGCAGUGUGUUCGAGAAGUUCGUGGUCGCCAUGAUCCUUUAUUUCGUUGUGUCAAUUAUCAACUCUUUGGCGCAGAGCUAUCACAAGCGACUGCACAAGAAGAAGAUAGCACGAUCGGAUUAGCCAAAACGGUAGGACUGAGUUUAUCAAUAUUCUUUUAAAAUUAUUAGACCAAAAUGGUUUUUGUUAUUCGGAUUUCUUCAUUUUUCUUUUAGUGGACAAAAGAAGUUUAAAAAGAAUUAAUUGAAAUAGAGUAAUAUAUUAGUGAUUUUUCUUUAGAGUGUAGAUGUAUGAAUUUUCGGUACCAUAGUACCCUCGAGGGUAGUUUUUGUAAGGGCGUGCAAGGUUGUUAUUUUCUUUUGUGAGUAAUGUGUGGGUGAAAUUCGACGUAUUUAAAUAUAUAAUAAUAGAAAAGGUCGCACUUUCUUAAUCUUGGUUUUCUGUGUGGUGAAAAUAAUGUUUUUUUUUUAGGAAAAAAUCUUUUAUAAGUUUAUUCUUGUUUUAAUGAUGGCGAAUUGUUUUAUGAAAAAUGUAUUAAAUUCUCUUCUUUCUUUUAUGUACUUACACGCUAUUUGUUUCAGCUAAAAAAAUUUGUUUUUGUGUUGUUUUAGAAAUGAAAGUAUAAUAUUAUACAAAAAUUCAUUGUAAUUCGCUUUAUGUAGUAUGUAUUUAUUCCUGAAUGAGUUAAUUAGGAUUUUUUUGUAUUAUUAGGGGAACUUCAAAUUAAUUGUUUGGAAUGGUAAAGAGUUACUUUCUUAUUAGAAUUAGUUAUCUAUAAGUAAUUUUGAGUUUGGGUAAACUGAAAUUAUUUUCACCUCAGAGAUAAUAUGGCGAUUGGAUUAGUGCGAUUCGAAUUAUGUAAUUUUAAGUAGGAAAUAUGAAAACUAUGGAUGUUUUUUUAACGAAGUAUCAUUCGUUGUGAUUGUUCAAAAGUGAUUGUUUAUACAAGACGAAUCUUUUUAUUUAUUUAUUAUCAAUCAGUUUUACUUUGCAUAGCGAUCAGUGGUGUUAUUAGUUAUUAUAAACUACUAUACAUAUUAUAGUGAAGACCAAAUUUGCCAUUCCUGUUGUUCAGUAGGAUUAAUGAAUAUGUAAUACCAGUAUUUAUCUUGGAAACCUGUAAAUUGAUUAAUUAUGUUGAUUGCUAAGCAAUAAAAAAUGUAAAUUGUGAAGUUUUUAAAAAAUAAUGAGUUGGUGUGCUUUAUAUUA